AUGGAUUUGACAUAUGCUUUGCAGCAGGCAAACAACCCAAGCAAUCAGCUGCUGGAUGACUGGUAUUGGGUGGAAACACAUAUAUUGAAGCAGGCCCUGGCUACCUGCAACUCAUAUGGGACAAUCAUGAAGGUCCCAUAUGUUGCCAAUGAACUGCUUUGGUGGAUGGCCAUACAAAAUAUGGGAGAGACUGCCCUGCUGGCACACAUCAUGGAGUUGAAUGUGCUGCAGGUCAAAAGAGGAGAGGUGAGAUGUAUGAUCCACACCAGUCCUAUGCCACAUACCUGGUGGACAAGGGACCCUACCCAUCUGGAUGGGUAUGAUCAUCAGUCAUUGGAGGAAGUUUUGCAGGAGGCCAAGGAAUUCUUUGUUGGGGUUGAGGAAGGAAAAGACAGUCUCCCACUGCUGUGUGACAUGAACUGGAUGCCAUCAGACAGCAUUGGCCAGUUGAUUGAAAGCUGUGAUGAGAUGAUCCAUCAGGAGGAGGAGAUUUGCCAGCUCCAUGGUGUGAUGGAAUUCUGCAGUGAAUGGCUCACCCUUUUUGACAGGCUUGGACAAGUACAGGACCAGCUUGAGGACUUCUGA